CUGUGGAGAGUUUACAUCUACACACACAGUUACAAACACACUCUCAUGUUCUCAUGUUCCUCUCGUCUCGUGUUAGAAGAUAAAUAAAACAAACUUUCGCAUUAAUCAUGUUAUAAAAGGUUCAUAGAGUUUAUAGAUGAUAAUUAUUUGCACUGGAGAUGAAUGUUUUACAUCCUCUGAAUAAGUAUGAAUGUGUGCUGCCAUGUUAUCCUGGGAUUCUUACAUUAUUACGGAUCUUAUUGAGAUGAUUCACAUUCACACUUUGACAUGUUUAUCAGCCGACACUCUGAAGCAUGAAACCCAUUCCUGAGAUUCUUCAUCAGACAAAGACGUCCACACUAAUGCUCCUCCAGCUCUCAGACUGCUUCACACAAUAUGUAAAUGUAAUCACGCUGAGUGGCCUCACGUUGCCCUCUGUGGCUCUGGGAACGCGGCCCGUGAAAUGGGAUUAUGUCAUUUAAUAUCCCGUCAACAGCCGGGCUGUAGACUGAAACUGGGACUCACGUUGCCACAGACGUCCCGGAGAUGUCCGAGGUAUUUGAUCAAAGUGAAACUCUUUAGAGCUGCUGCUCGGUUUCAGUUUACCCGUCCGCAGCAGCUGAGAGGAGAAGCUCUGCAAACAGCUAACAACCCUAAUCCUGCAGCAGCCGCUGUACAGCUCUGAGAUGCACAUCCUGGUCUGUCGGAGAGCAACGGAGUCCAGUCUACUACGUUUCACACGGAAAGAUUCUUCUUUCCAGUCGCUGCAUGCUGUUAAUCAAUAAGUCUGUCGACAGAAGGCAAGAGAUAAAUGAUAUGUGUCUCGUGCAGUCAGUUCCUGCAGAAGCUUCUUGGAAAUAAAACAUCCAACAUGAGAAACAACCAAACUGUCAAAUAUCCUCUGAAGAUAUGAAGCACAACAAGUGUUAAUAAACUAUAAUUAUAUGUAUCUGCAGUUUCUGCUCGGUGAACAUGAUUCAAGUCAUUUAAUGACUGUUCUACUAACUUUGUGUCGUUAACCCCAUUUGAGCAGCUGCUCUCUUUAAUAUAAGUUUAAUAUUUUCAUAUUAUAUUUAGUUGUCAUUUUUCAUUUGUUGCUGGAAUCCGACUUGUUUGUAUAAUAUUUAGUAAUAAUCUUGUAUCACAUGUCGUUACAUGUUAAUAUACUUCGUUUUUAUUUUACAGUAGUUUUUACUUUAGUCAUUUAUCUUUAUUUAUCAGACUAAACCUGAAGGUCGAUGUUUCAAGCCGAAACAUUUUAUUAAAUACAUUUUUCAAAUCAUCUUCAAAUAUAUUAUUUAUUAUCUCUUCAUCUUAACAACACAGUGAAACACAAAAGGUGUGUGUGUCCUUAAACAUUAAUGUAUCCACUAACAUAUAAUCUGACUUCAUACUCGCUGAUCCUGAAUCAUCCUUCAGCAUCUAAAGUUCUCUUGCAGAACAAACUAACGGUCUUCAUGUGAGUGAUGAUGUCCGCAUGAUGACCUUUUAUGAGCGUGUAUUGAAAGCAAGUCUUCUAAUCCUCCAACAGAGACAUUAGUGUUGUUGUGGCUGUAAAACUCAUUACCGGCUCUCCACACUGACAGCUCGGCUCUCCAAUGGCUGUCUGGAAUCCACUGCUCGUCCAAUGGCAGCCCAUCGUGAGGGGAUGCUGCUCUCCUAUUGGUGGAGAGUGUGUCGCCUCGCUGUUGAUGCCUUUCCUCUGGUCAAGGUUGCAUUUGCAGUAAUCGCAGCAGAGAGACGCGGCUGGAGCUCGUUUUACGCACAAACCGAGCAGCAGAUAAUCCGCCUGCACUGAGCAGCCUGACAGGAGCUGCAGCCAUGGAUGAGAUGGAGGAAGAGUUAAAGUGCCCGGUCUGCGGCUCUUUUUUCCGGGAGCCCAUCAUCCUGCCGUGCUCGCACAACAUUUGUCAGGCGUGUGCUCGGAAUAUCCUCGUGCAGACUCCUGACGCGGAGUCCCCGCAGAGCAGCCGAGCCUCCGGCUCCGGAGUGUCCGACUAUGACUAUCUGGAUUUGGAUAAAAUGAGUUUGUACAGUGAGGCGGACAGUGGUUACGGGUCCUAUGGGGGCUUCGUCAGCGCGCCCACCACCCCUUGCCAAAAAUCACCAAACGGGGUGCGGGUGUUCCCCCCGUCGGUCCCCCAGCCUCCCGCGCAGCAGCACCUGCUCCUGCAGCCCGGCUCUUUACCCCCGAUCCCCCGCAACUCCUGCAUCACCUGCCCGCAGUGUCACCGCAGCCUCAUCCUGGACGAACGGGGGCUGCGCGGAUUCGCCAAGAACCGGGUUCUGGAGGGGGUGGUGGACCGGUACCAGCAGAGCAAAGCGGCCGCGCUCAAGUGCCAGCUGUGCGAGAAGAGCCCGAAGGAGGCCACCGUGAUGUGUGAGCAAUGCGACGUCUUCUACUGCGACCCGUGCCGCCUCCGGUGCCAUCCUCCCCGCGGCCCCCUCGCCAAGCAUCGCCUGGUGCCGCCAGCGCAGGGGCGGAUAAGUCGCCGCACGAGUCCCCGCAAAACCUCCACUUGCACAGAGCACGAGCUGGAGAAUCUGAGCAUGUACUGUGUGCAGUGUAAGAUGCCUGUGUGUUAUCAAUGUUUGGAGGAAGGCAAACACGGCACACAUGAAGUCAAAGCUUUGGGCGCAAUGUGGAAACUGCACAAGGGGCAGCUCUCUCAGGCGCUCACCGGCCUCUCAGACCGAGCCACCGAAGCUAAAGAGUUCCUGGUUCAGCUCAGGAACAUGGUGCAGCACAUCCAGCCGGUGUCUGUUGUCUUGCAGGAGAACGGCGUGGAGUUUGAAGCCUGUUUGGUGGCGCAGUGCGACGCGCUCAUCGAAGCCUUGAACCGACGCAAAGCCCAGCUGCUGUCCCGCGUGAACAAAGAGCACGAACACAAACUGAAGGUGGUCCGGGAUCAGAUCUCUCACUGCACGGUGAAGCUGCGUCAGACCACGGGGCUGAUGGAGUACUGCCUGGAGGUCAUCAAGGAGAACGACCCCAGUGGUUUCCUGCAGAUCUCCGACGCUCUGAUCCGGAGGGUCCACAUGACGGAGGGUCAGUGGGGGAAGGGAACCCUCACCCCCAGGAUGAACAGCGACUUCGACCUCACGCUGGACAGCGGCCCCCUCCUGCAGACCAUCCACCAGCUGGACUUUGUGCAGAUGAAAGUCCCGGCGGCUCCGAUGCUGCAGCUGGAGGAAUGCUGCACGCAGAACAACAGCGCCACGUUGUCAUGGAAACAACCGCCGCUCUCCACCAUCGCCUUGGACGGGUACAUCCUGGAGCUGGACGACGGGAACAUGGGGCCCUUCAGGGAAGUGUACGUGGGGACGGAGACCAUCUGCACGGUGGACGGGCUGCACUUCAACAGCACCUACAAGGCCCGCGUGAAGGCGUUCAACGGCAGCGGAGUGGGACAGUACAGCAAGACCCUGAUCAUGCAGACGUCUGAGACUGGACUCCCUCCGUGUGAUAUUCAGUCUAUAGGCGAAGUCGCCUGGUUCACCUUCGACCCGGCCUCCGCUCACCAGGACAUCAUCCUCUCCAACGACAACCUGACAGUGUCGUGCAACAGCUACGACGACAGGGUGGUCAUGGGUAAUUCUGCGUUCUCCCGCGGCGUGCAUUACUGGGAGAUGACGGUGGAUCGCUACGACAACCACCCGGACCCGGCCUUCGGGGUUGCUCGGGGCGACGUGCUGAAGGACGUCAUGCUGGGGAAGGACGACAAGGCCUGGGCCAUGUACGUGGACAACAACCGCUCCUGGUUCAUGCACAACAACUCACACACAAACAGGACGGACGGCGGCAUCUGUAAAGGAGCUACGAUCGGUAUCCUGCUGGACUUCUCCCGCGGAAUCCUCAUCUUCCUCAUCAAUGAUGAGCAGCAGGGGCCGGUGGCUUUCGAAGCCCUGGAGGGCGUGUACUACCCCGCCAUCAGCCUCAACAGAAAUGUGCAGAUCACUCUGCACACUGGUCUACCUAUCCCUGAUUUCUACACCGCCGGGGAGGCAGACCCCACCGACUCUGUGUGCUAAAGACUCCCACACCGGGUGGGGAAUCCCCCCCUCGUCCCCCUGACACACUGACCCCAUGACUCUCUGUUCGAGGCCCCAUCCAGCGCUGAGCCAUGCCUUUAUCAUGCCUAAACCUUGGACACUUGGACCAUCUGCACCAAAAAAUGGACCAUGCUUUGUACGAAGGUGUUACAGUUGAAGAAGGUGAAAAGUAAUCUCAGAAUGAUGGAUCAUAAUACCCUCUUAAAGGAAUACUUUGAUAUUUAGGAGAAGUGCUCUUUGCUUUCUUUACGAGAGACACGAGGGCUGCAACUGAAGAUUGAUUUCAUUUUUGUUGAAUUUGGCAAUUAUGUUCUAGAUUAAUGGAUUAAUGGUUUGUCUAUAAAAAGUCAGAAAAUAGUAAUGAAUGUCCAUCCCAGUGUCUCAAAGUCCUGGUGUCUUUAGAUGUCUUGUCACUUUGAUUUGAUUUAAAAGCAGCAGAUCUCCAGAUUUGAGGCUGAAACAGACUUUAAAGACAUUUCUGCAGGAAAAUUACUUUAACGAUUAAUCGAUUAUUUAAAUAAUUUGAGAUGAAAUGGAAAUCUCAUUAGUUUAAUCUGUACAAAAACAAAAUGUAAAAGGUUUUACGGGGACAAAGAAUUGUCUCAUAAAACCACAAUCUGUUGUUUUUACGUUUAGAUGUUUGCACAGAUUAAACAGAUACAAAGUUAUUUAGUGAGUUUUAGAGGUUUAGAGAUGCCGGUAGGUGGAUUUAAUUAACUUUGGACAAAGCUAGGCUAGCUGUUUCCCUCUGUUUUCAGUCUUUAUGCUAAGCUAAGUUAGCCCUUCAGACAGCCAUGAAAGUGGUAUCGGUCCUAACUCGCAGCCAGAAAGCAAAUACGGAUAUUUCCUAAAGUAUUGAACUAUUCCUUUAGAAGGAAAUAAUUUGUUUUGUAAAUGUGUUGACUUAGAACAAGUAGCCCCCCCAUGUGAAUGUGUGUGAGGUGUGUGUGGGGGAGGGGGGGUGAUCCCUGGACGAGAGCAAUAGUCUCAGCCGCGUCACUGUCGUAUCCUCAUCCGUGUACCUGAGGCGCUUUUCUUCGUGGCUUCGCUUACCUUCUGUAUCGUCUGUAAAAUAUAAUACAGCAUCGUCGGCGUAUGAAAUGCUCCUGGAUGCUUGGUGCAGCCUUUCUCUGCGGCUCUGAAAACAGGAGGGGUUUUGAUGUAAUGUAUCAUACAAGCGGGCGAUUGUGUGCAUUGAAGUGUGUUGUAAAUGAAGUGUGAGAUAAUGACUGUGAAGCUCUUUGAAGAAGGUGCUACUGCAGCUCGCUUCAUCCUGGCGUUUUCUACUGUAGGUGACUGAAUCCUGGUAGUUUUGUAAUAUUGUUAUUGAAAUGAUCUAUUGCAAAGAGGUGUAUAGCUAAAUAAGUUAUUGAUGUUCAGAAUCUUUUCAAUAAGAAUUCAUCUUUGUUCUUUAUUUGAUGUUUAGUUAUUACAGAAGGAAAUAAUCUUUUUCUCGCUUUAAAAAUGUAGUUUGGAGUUUGUUCUCAAACUGUUUAUGUCCCACUAAAGCAAACAGGAAGGUGAUGAUGCACUGGUCGGUUGUCGUGGCGUCACAUUUGGGCAACAGUCUCCUCCACAGGCAACAACAUGACAAUGUUUUUAAAUACUUUUUCCGUGUUCACACCAAACUCGGAACAAACCUUUCAUGCAGGUGAUGAUUCCACACGAAGUCAAUGCAGAGACACAAUGCUCAAGGUUCUUUGGCACAGAAGGUCUUUAAGCUAAAUGCUAACAUGCUGAUGUUUAGCAGGUAUAAUGUUUAACAAGUUCACCAUUUCAGUUUAGCGUGUUAGCAUGCUAACAUUUGCCAAGUACAGCUGAGGCUGACGGGAAUGUCUUUAGUUCUGCAGGUAUUUGAUCAUAAGUCAUAUUUGAGCUGAUGAUGGCAACGUUUAUUACAAUUCCUCCUGAAGGAACCACGAAUAUUUGUACCCAAUGUCAGAGCAUCCAACAGCUGUUGAGAUGUUUGACUCAAAACCUCAACUGUCAACCUGAUGGCGCCGCUAGAAGAAACGUCAGAGUCACAGACAUUAGGACUCAUCCUCUGGGGAUCAUGAAUAUCUGUACAACAUUUCAUGCUGAUCCAACAUGUUGAGAUAUUUUAAGUGACAACUUGACCUGCUGGCAGUGUUGCCAGAUGUACGACAAUGAUCGUAUUUGUACGAUAAUUUUGGUCUCUGUACGGUGCACGGUCAGUAAUGCCAAAAAGUGCCAUAAUGUACGAUAAUUUGAAUUUAAAUUAAUUUCCAGAUAUCAAAAUAUGGAUCCUGCUUCUGUGUUUACGCAUCUCUGUCAGUUCAAUAGACAUGUCGCAUAUACACUAACUCAUGGUGGCGCCAGAGGAAAGGAUCCCCAACGCCAUCAGGAUUCAUCCUCUGGGGAUCAGGAGCGUCUUUAAAACCUUUCUUAGGAAUUCAUCCAGCAGUUGUUGAGAUACUUGAGUGUGAGGAGCUGCGAGAAACGUUCCCCGGUGCGUCGAGACAUCGGACAUGUCGACACACAAGGUGCUGAGUUUGAGUGUCGUGGCCGUGCCUUCCCCCUCUUCAGUACGCACAAGAUUUAUGAAACUUUGCUACAAACUGAUUCAUCGCUUCAGCAGAGUAAACUGUAACAUCUGUGAUGCCUGACUGCACCUGCUGCUCAACUCAACAAUAAUGUUUGUUAUGAUAUAAUAACCGGUCAGGUGUCUCCCCUGGGUUAGUAUUGAUUGUAAACCAUGUAGGACUGAUAUGUGGCUGCUCACUAUGGUGUUCAGUGUAUGUGCAUGUGUGCUGACGAUAUUAAACCGACUGCUGCGAGUUGCUCGGC